CUAAAACGUUUGGCAUGAUUCUCCAUAGUGAUAGUCAUUAAACCGGAUGUCUUGUAAAACGUUGUUUGUAUGCGAGAUACUUUAGCUGUAAAAACAAAGUGCUGGGGAGUGGCACGGUGUUCAAAGCGAAUUAAAAUGCCCAUAUCUAAUUUGUAGCUUUACAAGAAGUCGGCUGUUCAAAGGGUUCCUACAAAACUAACAAAACCGGUUGGUCUACAGGAGAGAACUACGAUAUUGGAUGUAAUCCAAAUUCUGCUUCAUCGUGUCAUUCUUGGACGCAAACUUCCUGUUUAAAAAGAUAUUCCACCGAAAAUUCACAUUUUCUCAACCUGAAUAGCCCACUGUUAGUUUACUGAUAUUAAAUAAUUCUAAUGGAUUGUUUUCACACUAUCUCAACCGACUAUUUAUUGCAUGUCAUUCCUGAGGUCUGGCAAUGGUUAUCUGAUUUGAGCGGGGCCGGGGAGGGUUAUGCGUAACGAAAAGGGGUUAACUGAGGUAAUAGGCUAUAGUUCUGCCAUGAAGUUCUCAUAAUCAUACACAGUAAUGUGUUUCAGUUAUUGGUGCUAUUGAUUCAUGCGCUAUUCAAGUAGUAUAGCUAAAAUUUCAGGGUACGUAAAUGAUUGUGCUUAUUGAUUAAUUAAUAAGCUAUGUUAACAUGAAUCCCAGAAAACAAUGAAUUCCAAAAAAAGAAGAAAAAAAAAAAGUCAGAUAAGCUAAUAGUUUCAUGGAAAAUUUCUGAAUUAACCCAAUACUGCAUCUCAUGGCCAAUAUAUUCCAGGAAAGGUCGUCAUGUGUAAUCUGACAGUAUGUCAAGCUUUGGGGAUGCUUGUGGGUGUUUUCCAAACAGUCAGUAUGUCUUAGGUCUUGCACAAGUCACAUAAAGCUUGGUCUGGAAAGCCCCUGCCUACAUUAAACUUGCUUUAGUGCCCACCAAGCACGAUCUUAGUAACGACCCUGCCUCCAGUCCAGUCUGACUACACACAAUCAGGCGGUCACUCCCACACACAGCUGUUAGCAAGAGGGGAAGUGGAUCCUCCUGAUAUAGUCCCGAUACACACAACGGACUGACUGAUGUUUCCUGUUUCUCAUGAUAAACUUGAGCAUACAUGAAAUGCACCUGUCAGUGUAGUUGUCUGCAGUGGCUUGUACUCGCUCUAGUCAAACUGCUGGAUGGGAACUGGCCGUGGACAUCAAAGAAAUUCAGGAAGUAUUCAGCAGAAUUCAGCAGAAAAGAGUGUCCCAGAAUGAACUCCGUGUUGCUCUUCUACUUGUCCUACCUGCUGUGCCUGUGCUUGGGCUUCCUCUGCGUGGUCUUCGUGUCCUACUGGAACUCCGCGUGGCGCGGGGGCUUCGCGUGGGAUGGCACGGCGCUCCAGUUCAAUUGGCAUCCUGUCCUAAUGGUGACCGGGCUGGUGGUGCUGUAUGGGAACGCGGCAGUAGUGUACCGCAUCCCGCUCACCUGGGGUCAGAACAAGCUGCGCUGGAAGCUGGUGCACGCCAGCAUGCUCUUCCUGGCUCUGCUCCUGACCGUCCUGGGUCUGUGCGCUGUUUUCAGUUUUCACAACGCCAAUGGCACCCCUAAUCUCUACUCACUGCACAGCUGGCUGGGUAUCUGCACAGCAGCCCUCUUUGCAGCACAGUGGGCGCUGGGCCUGGCUGCCUUCCUCCUCCCCUGUUCCCCGAUGGCGUUCCGCAGGCUGGUGAAGCCCCUCCACGUGUGGAUGGGCGGCUUCAUCUUCACCCUCAGCAUCGCGGCCUGCAUAUCCGGCAUCAACGAGAAGCUGUUUUUUGUACUGAAGGGAAGCACCAAUGGGACACAGCCAUAUUCCAUGCUGCCCCCAGAGGCUGUGUUUGCAAACUCAUUAGGUGUCCUUAUCAUAGCAUUUGGAUUGGUUGUCCUGAAAAUCUUGUCCAAUCAGACGUGGCAACGGCCAGAAGCGGUGCAUGAGGAAUUGUCUAAACCAUUGCUUGGAGAGGACAGCUGAUGAGAGAGCACACACCCUUCUCUAAUGAGGACUUUGUUUUUCCUUCUUUUUAAAUAAACUAUUCCUAAAUCGUUCAACAAAAACAAUAUACCUCCUCCCAUAUCCCUUGUUGAAGACCAGGAUUUUUUUCACAUUCUGUUCUCUAUUUUGAAGACACUCCCGGAAACACCACAUUUUCUCGUCUCCUGCAAAAAUGAGUAUUGUGAGCUUGUACAUGCCAAGAAACAAUGAGAACGAUAAAUAUAAAUGGCUGAAUAAACUACUCUUUUAGAUUAUAUUUCGCUAAUAGUGGCUGCGUUUUCAAAAGGAAUUAAAGUUGCGUUCUGCUCAAAAUUUCAUCAGGACUUGCAUUUAAGUGUCAAUACAAAUAAAAAAUGGUAAAUGCAUUUUUA